GGCGGGGAGGCGCCAUCUUGUUCCUGUGCGAGGCGGCGGGGCCGGGCCGGGCCCGCGCUGAGGAAGCGCCCGGGGCAGCGCCCGCCGCCACCGCGGGGCGCGGCAUGGACACCCACUACUACGGCGGGGAGCAGUCAGAUGAUGGAGGAGCUACUCCAGUGCAGGACGAGCGAGACUCAGGAUCUGAUGUGGAAGAUGAAGGAAACGAACAACAUUCUGGAUCGGAGAAUGGAAGUGUAGGGCACCAUUCAGAGAAUGAACACAGUGAUGGAGAAGAUGAUGGGCAAGUGGGAGAGCCUCAUAUGACAGACUCUGAAAAUGAAGAUAACCCAAGGCAAAAAGAAAGUGACUCAGAUAAUGAGGAGCCCCCAAAUAACAAUGUGAGUGAUUCAGAAAAUGAAGCAACUCAUGGAGAGAAAGACAGUGACUCUGAUACUGAGGACCGUCCAAACCGGCAUUUAAGUGACUCUGAAAAUGAAGAGGCCUUAAAUCAUCGAGCGAGUGACUCUGACAAUGGAGAACCUCCAAGGGAUCACAGCAGUGAUUUUGAAAAUGAGGAAUCACACAAGCAGCCAGCCAGCGACUCCGAGAGCGAGGAGCUCCAGAAGCAGCCAGCCAGCGACUCUGAGAGUGAAGAGCUCCAGAAGCAGCCAGCCAGCGACUCUGAGAGUGAAGAACCUCAGAAGCAGCCAGCCAGCGACUCGGAGAGCGAGGAUGUGUCCAGACACAAGCAGAUAGAGUCUGAAGAUAGCGAUGGGGAGGACAGGAAGGAAAAGGUGCAGAAUGACUCUCAUCAUUCAGAUAAUGAGCAUGUAAGGAAAGGAUUUCAGGGCUCUGACAGUGAAGAUGAAGCUCCUAAGAGACGUAAAAUAUCAGACAGUGAUGAAGAUGAAAAAGAGGAAGAAAAGACAGUGAAGAGGAAAACAGCCAUCCUUUCUGAUAGUGAGGAUGACAGUGAGAAAACACCUGCAAAAAAGGUACGAAUCCUUUCCGAUGCUGAAGAAUCGGAUAGUGACGCUGCUUCAGAGAAAUCUGACAAAAGGAAGAAAAGUGUUGUAUCCGAUAGUGAGGAGGAGGAAGAAGAAGGAAAAGAGAAUGCUGGGAAGAAAAAAGGGAAAGAUCUGUUUGGCAGUGACAGUGAAUCUGGAAAUGAACAAGAGAACCUGAUUGCAGAUAUAUUUGGAGAAUCUGGUGAUGAGGAAGAGGAGGAAUUUACGGGUUUUAACCAGGAGGAUUUGGAGGAAGAGAAAGGCGAUGGAGACAUGAAGGAGACAGCAGAUGAAUCAGACUCCGAUGAUAACAUCAAAAGAGGGAAGCACAUGGACUUCAUGUCAGAUUUUGACAUGAUGCUGCAGAGGAAGAAGAGCAUGAGCGGCAAGCGCAGGCGAAACCGUGAUGGGGGCACUUUCAUCAGUGACGCAGAUGAUGUGGUCAGUGCCAUGAUUGUGAAGAUGAAUGAAGCUGCUGAGGAGGAUCGUCAGCUGAAUACACAGAAGAAACCAGCACUAAAGAAAUUAACUUUGCUACCAACUGUAGUUAUGCAUCUUAAAAAGCAGGAUCUCAAAGAAACUUUCAUCGAUAGUGGUGUUAUGUCUGCCAUCAAAGAGUGGCUUUCUCCUCUUCCAGACCGAAGUCUGCCAGCCCUAAAAAUAAGAGAAGAGCUUCUAAAGAUCCUGCAAGAGCUGCCCAGUGUGAGCCAAGAGACCCUGAAGCACAGCGGCAUUGGAAGGGCUGUGAUGUACCUGUACAAACACCCCAAGGAGUCGAGACCGAACAAGGACAUGGCUGGGAAGCUGAUCAAUGAAUGGUCUCGACCCAUCUUCGGCCUUACCUCAAACUACAAAGGCAUGACCAGAGAAGAGAGAGAACAGAGAGAUUUGGAGCAGAUGCCUCAUCGAAGGAAAAUGAGCAGCUCUGGUGGUCAGACUCCCCGUAGGGACCUGGAGAAAGUAUUAACAGGAGAAGAAAAGGCUCUCAGGCCCGGGGACCCUGGGUUCUGUGCCCGUGCGAGGGUCCCAAUGCCCUCCAACAAAGACUACGUUGUCAGGCCCAAGUGGAACGUGGAGAUGGAGUCCUCCAGGUUCCAGGGGACCUCUAAGAAAGGGGUGAGUCGACUGGACAAACAGAUGCGGAAAUUCACAGAUAUCAGGAAAAAAAGCAGAUCGGCCCAUGCAGUGAAAAUCAGCAUUGAGGGCAAUAAGAUGCCAUUGUGACCCUUCACAGAAUGCCCCAUGAGCUCUGCUGUAAGACAAUACACCCACAGACUCUUUGGAGACCUUUACAUUUUUUAACUUGUUUGGGGUGGGUUUGGUUUUUAGUUUGUUUUUUAAGUGAAUCCUUAAGUUGUUGGUUCAGGUUCUGGUAGAAGAUGUUGUCUGAGGACUGUGAAUAUGAGGACUCCUUUCUCCUGAUUGUAUUUAAACUGGCCCUCUUGUGUCCUUUGUACAGAUCAUGUAUUUGUUGUAUUGCAACACUUUAAAAAAUAAAACAUCUUCUGAGUUUUUUUUUUUGG